CAAUAGUACAAGAGAAUUAUAGUCGAUAAUUGAGUUUAUUGUGAUAGGCAAAUUAGCGCUCGGGAGGCAGACUGUGGUUUGACGGUUGACCUGGUUUGACUCAGAAUUGAUCUAGCAAAUCAACUUGAGAUCAACAGCUCUUGAUUGUAUACAUAAUGUCGACCGAAUUUCCACCUUACUCACCCCAGACAAUCAAAGUCCGCACCAUUCCGAUCGGCUCCCUUGAAGGAGUAGCGUCGAUUCACAAAAUCCACUCCGUGCGCAUCACCUGGGUUGAUCUAGUCAACGGCACUCGCUUCCGCGUUCUCCCUCUCAAAUCCUUCCAGCGUCUCCUCGCCUCAUCUAGACCGGGUAUAACCAUCGCCCAAUGUGUCUUCGGCUUCGUAGUUAACAGGACCGCGUCUGGUUUUGGGCCCAUAGGGGAGUACCUGUAUGUGGUAGACUUGACAUCCAUGAGGUUGUGUUCCUAUGCACCGGGACAUAUAAGUGUUAUGGGCUGGUUCCAGGACAAGGCCCCUGCUCCAGAUCGUGUCCUUGGCACGGGUGUGCCAAUGUGUCCACGAUCAGCACUGAAUCGUAUUGUCGACACCGCCAAAUCUUACAAUGCUGCGUUCCUUGUUGGAUUCGAGACCGAAUUCAUUCUCCUCAAAAGCACAAAUCCCAUCGAGGCGGUCAAUCCACACGGGUGGAAUAGCGCGCAAGCGUUACGUUCCGGAACCAAGGAGACAGAAGUGAUAGAGGAGAUCGCUCGUGGACUCAUCAAUAGCAGAAUCGAACUGAUGAUGUAUCAUUCCGAAGCGGCGCCGGGGCAGUACGAGAUUGUGACGGGUCCACUUCCACCUCUUGAAGCUGCUGAUGCGCUCGUACACACACGGGAGACGAUAACCAACGUCGCAAGCAAACACGGGUUCCGUGCGACAUUUGCACCAAGGUUAAAUUUGGAUAACUGUGGCAGUGCGGCUCACACUCACAUCUCUGUGCACCCUAUCGAUGACGAACCAUCAUCUCAACUAACAUCAGACAAUCCUCUCACCCCUCUCGAAAGUACAUUCCUAGCCGGUUUACUUAAGCACCUUCCAGCUACAUGUGCAUUCACGCUCCCCCUACGUGCCUCCUAUGCACGCAUGCUCGAUGGGAUUUGGAGCGGCGGGACAUGGGUCGCGUGGGGAAGGGAUAACCGCGAGGCGCCCGUGCGCUUGUGUGUUCCUCCUGCGUUCGUUGACCCAGAGCCUGCAUCUAACGCUCCCUCCAAGAACCACUUUGAAGUCAAAUGUAUAGACGGCACGUCUUCCCCCUACCUCGUUCUCGCGAGUCUCAUCGGCUCUGGGCUCCUUGGGAUCCAAUCGCAAGCACCCCUCGUAGAGAAAGAUUGUGCUACGCCCGCUGCGCAGAUGACUGAGGCGGAGAGAGAGGCAGUCGGUGUUAGGCAGCGGAUGCCGUUGUCUUGGGAGGAUGCAAGGGCUGCAUUGGAGGGCGAUCAGGUAUUGAAGAAUGUGCUUGGAGGCAUUGUAGAGGGGUUCCUAUCGGUGGGGGAGAUCUUGGACGACAUUUUACGCUCGCCGGCGAGCGAGGCGGAGAGAGUACAGAUGCUCGUCGAGUAUUAUUGAGCUGGCAGGCUUUUAACUUUCUUCUUCUUCGAUGGUUUCCAGUUUCGAUAGGCCUGUGUAAGACUGCUGACUGAGUUGUUGCAAGAAUGAUGUUCACAAAUUUAAAACCCAU